AUGGCAUCCAAGACCAACCCCGCUUCCCUCGAACAUUCCAAACCAUCCCAUCCCCAACCCUACACAAUCGGCUACAAAAAAUCCCACAUCCAAAACCACACCUGGCGAACCGCCGAAAACUCUUCCGCCUUCUUAAUCCCCCAUCUCCUCGCCGCCUCAAACUCCAACCCCACCCUAAAACUCCUAGACUGCGGCGCCGGACCGGGAACCAUAACCGCAUCGUUCAGCAAAUACAUGCCUUCAGGGCAAAUCACAGCCACAGAUCUCUCGGAAGAAGUAAUGACGCAAGCCCGAGCCCACGCGGAAAGCGCAGGAGUAAAGAACAUGACGUGUCAAGCGGCUUCGAUCUACGAAUUACCGUUCCCAGACGAAGAAUUCGAUAUCGUGCAUGCGCAACAAGUUCUCGUGCAUCUCGAAAAUCCUGUCAAAGCGAUUCGGGAGAUGGUCAGGGUUUGUAAAUCUGAGGGGGGGAUUGUGGCGUUGAGGGAGAGUGAUAUGAGGAUGUGGAGUUUUUAUCCUGAGACGCAGGAAUUGAGCGCUUUUCACCGACUUAUUCGGCGGGUUAUGGAAUCUUCGGGUGGAGCGCCGGAUACGGGUGUUAGGCUUGUUUCUUUGGUUAUGCAAGCGGGUAUCGAGAGGGAAAGGAUUGAGGCGAGUAUGGGGACUUGGUGUUAUUCGACGCCUGAGGAGAGAGCGGUUUGGGGCGGGACUUUUGUCAGUAGAUUGCGAGGGGAGGAUAUGAGGGCUAAGGCGCAAAAGUUGGGGUAUGAGGAGAGGGAUUUGGAGAGUAUGGCGAAGGGGUGGGAGGAGUGGAUUGAGACGGAAGAUGCGAAUUUUGGGUGUCUGCAUGGGGAGGUUAUUGUGAGGAAGCCUUGA